CUCCAGUACCGGUGGCUGCACAAGACACACAAGACCAGAGAGAAACUGGAAUCAUAACCAAUCAAGCAGAACUCAACUCGAAGUGGUUGUCGUGCGGCAUUACAAAUCGUUAUAUCAAAUAUAAAUAAAAGUGAAAGUAAUUACUAACAAAAUGUCAUCUGCACUGACGAACCUCUUGCAAUCUCUGAGGAUUGUGCCCCUGGGACAUGGCAAAUCAAGCAAUCAAGUUUUGGUUGUAUCAAAUCAAAAGGAACGUUUAAAGGUGGAGGAUCUGCCGGAGAUCUCAUUAGAAGAGGUGGCCCAGCACGAUAGCUUCGAUGACUGCUGGGUGGUUAUCUAUGACAGAGUCUACGAUGUCACUCACUUUCUAAGGGACCAUCCCGGCGGCGAUGAUGUCAUUAUGGAUCAUGCAGGACGAGAUGCCACCAUCGCGUUUCAUGGUACAGGACACUCUGGUGAUGCCAUUGAACUGAUGAAAGAUUUCUUGAUCGGUCAACUUCCCACCAAACAGCACAUUUUUCGCACUGGCAAAAACAAGGUGUUGUCCCUGGGCAUACCGGAAUAGUAAUAUUAAUAUAAUGUCAGCCGAUUUCGCACCGAUCGCCUUCGCCGCCGUCCCCCAUGUUGUACGAGUAAAUGUUUAUAUAUUUCUUUAGAGUAUUCAUUGAUUUUGUGUCUAGUUUUAAUCAGCUUAUUUCGCAUUCCGCAAAACGGUUUUCGCAUAAUCAUCUAAAAACCAUCCAGCCAACUAUAUGUAUAUUUAUAUAUUGAUGUAUAUUUUUGUCAAGACUUGAAACGGAUCUAAGAUUAAAUUAUUUUAAAUGUGA